AUGGUCAGUCUGGGGCCAGUCUGGGGCCAAAGUCUGGGGCGGGGUCUGGGGCCAAAGUCUGGGGCUGCGGCUGACGUGUGCAGAGCUCAAUUCGGAGUCCCAAUUAUAUCUGGUCACGUUUGCAAUACCAGUGUGACCUGUUCAUUCCUCACCUCCUUCCUUCGCCGCGCCAAGAUCCUCAAGGAGGAUAUCCUGCAGCCUCAGCCACACCACGUCUCCAUCUUCUGCACCCCUCCUUUUCUUCCAGCAAGUGUCGCCGGCUUCCUUGCAGCCUCUUUGGACAUGCCGCCAGAGGCAGUUGAAGUCCUAUGGUCCUUGGUGAAGGACAUCGUGUGGGAGCUCCGAAUUUGCGCCAACCACGAGUGUGCGGCAUGGCAGCGCGGAUCACUGCUGAAGAAGGAGGAGCCACGCCGUAUUGUCUUGUUCACUCACAGCGAGGGUGCGAAGCCUGGCUGGAUGAUAUACCUGAAGUGCCGAGGUGCUAAGUAUGACGAAGAGUGCAAUACCAACUACCAGGCCAACUAUAGCGUCAACGGGGCCGUCACCGAUCAUCAGUUCAUCAAGCUGCAACUUGCCAUGCACUGGAUGGAUCUGAUGCAGAUCGCUGUAUCGGCGACGAACUGCACCAACCUAUACGCAAUCACCCAGACUCGUCACGACCUUGGCGACAGUGAUGAUCACUGGCAGUUCAGCAAUGCUCUGAUGACAGAGCAAGUCUGGGAUUGCUGCACACUUCUUGCCCUGCUUGACGAUCACAUACUAAGUCCGCUAGCCAUCUACGAGAGGCACACUAGUACUGACAGGAGGCAUGAUGAUGGCGGCAGCUUUGGAAUUGUCACAAAGCAAACACAUGACAAAAAACAAUUCAAACUCAGCCCGGGUCAGCCACGUUUGCCGAACACCCCAGACUCUGGCCCCAGACUGGCCCCAGACUGGCCAGAUCUCUGACAUUCACAAGAAAUUUGUGUUUUACUGAUGGAGCAUGUAAAGAUGCUACUUGCUGAAUGCUGGAUCUUGAGUGUUAUUUUUUGGAACACACUGGUUGCUGUCAUAUUGAUGCAUUACACAGUACAACUACAGUGCACUAGUGAUGCAUCAUCAGUGCAACUGUAGCAUCCUUUACUUUAUGCCCACUUCCAC